ACGAGAGCAUAAAAGGGCAACACACUGUUCUCUUUCUUGUGUUAUCGUCAUGGAGCAUCCACUGAUCGUGGCUGUUCUCACUAGUUUCAUCUUUUUUACAUCUUUGACUUUAGCGAAUCAGUGUAAUACUGGCUGUCAUGGAACACAAUACGAAAAGAAUUAUGUGGAAGGACAAAUUUAUUCUUAUGAAUUGGAGGGAUUAUCGGUAACGACUGUCACGGAUUCUCAAACUGAAGCAAAUUUUAAAUUAAAAGCAAAUGUCGAUUUAGUUGUGAAACCUGAUUGCAUUCGUCAAUUAAGAUUAAAAAAUGUUUUAGUCAAUGGUGCUCCUAUUGCGUUAAAAGAUGUAGAGCAACAUCCUCUACAAUUUAAUUAUCACAAUGGACACAUUGAUAGUGAAAUUUGUGCAGAAUCUGGAGAUUCACAAGCUUCUUUGAAUAUUAAAAGAGCUGUUAUUUCUCUAUUACAAUCGUCUGUAAUGCAAGAUAGUGGAUCAACGACUCGUUACGAGGGUGAUAUUUUUGGUGGUUGUACAACAGAUUUUAAUUUUCAAACAAAUCAAGAUUCUGUAAUUGUUAAUAAAUUCAGAAAUUUAAAUGAAUGUACAAAUCGAGAAAAUAUUCGUGAAGGUGUUAUUAGUACAACAUUUGAUUCAAGAUCAAGUAUACAAUCGGCGCCAUUAUUAUCGGCACAUCAAAAAGUUGAACAAAUUUUUAAAAAAGGAAUUUUAAAUAAAGCAAUAUCAACAGAAACAUAUAAAUUUAAACCAUUUAGUAAUGGAAAUUCAGGUGUUAAAACAAUAAUUGAAAUAAAAUUAACAUUGAAAAAUGAAAAAAAAGAUGAUUCAGGAGCGUCAAGUGUAUCAAUACCAAAAACAAUUUUCUUUGAAUCACCACAUCCAAUUAUUAAAUCAUCCGUUGAAUCAAUAAUGAAUGGAUUAAAUGCCGUUAAAGAACAAUCACCAGAUUCUGUUAAAUUAGAUGCAGCACAACGUUUCGCUGAUUUUGUUAAAAUAUUAGGUGUCUCAAGUAAAAAGGAUAUUCUUUCAGUAUUUGAAAAUAUUAAAGAUAAACAAAAGGAGAGAAAAAUAUUUUUAGAUGGUCUAUUUCGUGCAGCAAGUGGUGAAGCUGCUGAAGUUGCUGUUGAAUUAAUAAAAUCACAUCAAAUAAAUGAAUUACAAACACUUGCAUAUUAUACAAGUUUGGCAUUUGUUCGUCAUGUUAAUCUUCCAGCAGUCACAACUGUAACAUCAUUAUUGGAUGAGGAAAAUUUACCAAGAAUUGGAUAUUUAGGUAUUGGACAGGUAAUUGGUAAAUAUUGUCAAGAGCAUAAAUGUGAAAAUGUACCUGAAGUACAAGCGGCGCUUGCAAAAAUAUUAAGUAAAAUAAAUAAUGGAAAGGCAAAUACAAGAAAAGAUGAGGAUAAAUUAUUAUCAGCAAUGAAAACAAUUGGUAAUACAAAAUAUUUAGAUGAUGUAACAAUGAAAAAAUUAGUUGAAAUUGCAAAAGAUAAGAGUGUAAAAAAUAGAGUACGCGUUGCAGCUAUUGAAGUAUUACCAGUUCAAUGUUCGAUGAAUUGGAAAAAUGAAAUGUUUAAAGUACUUGAAGAUCAAGAAGAGGAUAGUGAAAUAAGAAUAAAAGUUUAUUUAUCACUUGUUAAUUGUCCAUGUCCACAUGUUGCUAAUCAUGUUAAAGAAAUUUUAGAUAAAGAAAAUAUUAAUCAAGUUGGAUCAUUUAUAACAUCACAUUUACGUAAUUUACGCGCGUCUGCCGAUCCAAAUAAAUAUGAUGCACAAAAACAUCUUGGUUUAAUAAAACCACGUCAAAGAUUUCCACAAGAUUUUCGUAAAUUUUCCUUUAAUAAUGAAUUAUCAUAUAAUAUUGAUGCAUUUGGAGUUGGUUCAACAAUGGAAAGUAAUGUAAUUUAUAGUCAAAAUAGUUUUGUACCACGUUCAACGAGUUUAAAUUUAACAACUGAAAUAUUUGGUCGUUCAUUUAAUUUUCUUGAAUUAGAAACAAGAGUGGAAAAUUUGGAUAAAGUUAUUGAACGUUAUUUUGGUCCAAAGGGUUAUAUGAGAAAGGGUGAACCCGAUGAUUUAGUUGAAGAAAGUAUUGAUCAUUUAAAAAAUCUUGGUAAACAAAUAAGGGAACGUUUUGUUAAAAGUACACGUGGUAAACGUGAAGUGAAACCAGCUGAACUUGAUAAAUUUGCCGAUAAUGUAAAAUUACAUAAUAAUGAAAUUGAUAAUGAAUUAGAUUUGGAUUUAUCGAUAAAAAUGUUUGGUGUUGAAUUAGCAUAUAUUAGCUAUGAGGGUACAACAAGUCAAAAAUAUACACCAGAAUAUAUUGUUAAUAAAAUAUUUGAUGCACUUGAUCAAGGUAUUGAUAAAGUUAAAGAUUUUAAUUAUAAUUUGGAAAAUUAUUUAUUAUUUUUUGAUGCUGAACUUGUUUAUCCAACUGGAUUGGGUGUACCAAUGUCAUUGGGUGUAAUUGGCUCAAGUGCUGUUAAUGUUAAAACAAGUGGAAAAAUUGAUAUUCCUGGAAUGAUAAAAGAUCCACAAAAUGCAUUAGUUAAAUUGUCAUUAGAACCAAGUGCAUCGAUUAGAGUUGAAGGAAGAUUAAUUAUUCAUGGUUUUGAUGUUGAAUCGGGAUUGAAACUUGUAUCAACUUUACAUACCGCAACAGGUUCAGAAAUAACUGUAAAAAUACUUGAUGGAAAAGGUGUUGAUGUUAAUUUAAAUAUGCUUAAACGUAAACAAGAAUUAAUAAGUCUCUCAAGUGAAAUUUUAAUGACUUCUGGUGAUAAGGGUGAAAAUUAUAUUGCACCAAAGUUUCAUGGUAAAAAUCGUGAAUAUGUUGAUUGUUUCGAUCAAUCUGCAAGUGUAUUUGGUUUUAGUUUAUGUGGAAAAGUCACAUUGCCUUAUGAUAGUAUUGAAUCAAUGAGAAAAAAACCAUUGUUUCCAUUAAGUGGACCAGCAAAAUUAGCUUUUUAUAUUGAUAAUAUUGAUGUGACCAAUUAUCAUUUUAAAGUAUUUUACAAUACGAAGAAUCCAAAAUCAAGAUCAUUGGAAUUACUCGUUGAAACUCCAAAUAGCCGAAGUAAUAGAUAUUUGAAAUUUUUAAUUGAAGGUGCAGUUGAACCUGAUAAACUUGCUAGAGUUACAUUUGAAAUUCCCUAUUAUAAAGCAUCAGCCGAAGUAAUUUUGAAAGACAAUGAUCAAGAACGUUCAAUAACAGUUGCAGUUCAUCACGAUCAAAUAGAAUAUUUUGGCAAAAUUGGUGUUAAAGUUGAAAGUCCAGGAAAAUAUAAACCUAUUUUAGAAUACAAAAUUCCUGAACAUAUUGAAAAAUUAACAGGCACAAAAACUGGUACAAAAAUUCAACAAUACACUUUAGAUGGAAUUGUCACAGUAGCUGAUCAUGAAGGUGGAAAAUUAUAUAAAUUCGAAAAAGUUGUAUUAACAACAAAUAAUAAGGCUCUCAUUGGUUUAGAUGGAACAAUGACAGCAACACCAAAUAUUCGUGGAUUAAAUGCUAAAAUUUCCUAUGGUGAUGAAAUUUUAGAUUUAAAAAUAAAAGGACAACGAUUAAAAGAAAAUAAUUAUAUAUUAAUGAUAGCAGCAGUACCACAAAAAGAUCCAAAUAUUGCAUUUCGUGUUGAUUGGGAUUAUUUAAGAGAAGAAAAUAAAUUUGAACAAAAUUUUAAAUUUGCCCACGGCCCUGAAUCACAACAUUCAAAAAAUCAAUUAAUUCUAAAUCAACGUGCUGCAUAUAAUUUUGAUUCAAAAAAUUUUGCACUUGGAUUUUCAAAUAAACUUCAUUAUUCGGCAUUAAAUUUUCUAUUUAAAUUGGAAGGUGCUUUCACAAAAAAAUCAUUGCAAAGUGAAAUUAUAUUUGAAUAUGAUAAAUUUAAACUUGGAACAAAAUUAUCGGGAAAAACUGGUAUUACACAACCAGGUGACUAUCAAAUUGAAUUGGAAGCACAUGUUUUGAAAAAUAAAAUAGAAUUGAAAUCUAAACGUGAAAUGAUAAAUGAUAAUAAGAGUAAAUUUGAAAAUUCAUUGGAAUUAACACCUGGGGGAAAAUAUGAAGCCGACGCUAUAGUGACACACGAUAUUGCUAAACCAAAUGACAUUAAUGUUAAACUCGAUGGAAAUAUUCAUUUAAAUGGAAAAAAAAUUAAAGUUGACACUGGAUUAGAAUUUAAUAUGCAAAAAAUUAAUUCACACGCUCAAAUUGGCGUUGAUGGUGUACAAUAUGUUGAUUUUGAUAUGAAAAUACAACGUGUUAAUCAUAAAGGAAGUGUUGCUUUAAAUUUGAAAAAAUAUAUAUUAGCAAACGGUCAAUAUAAUUAUCAAAAUGGUAAAGGUAGUGCUGAUAUAAAUAUUGAAAUUCCAAAAGUACAUAGAAAAAUAAAAGGCACUGCUGAUGUUACAAUUAGUGGUACACAACAUUCAGCUAAUAUUGAAAUUCUCUACGAUGCUGAAAAAGAUCCAAGUAAACGUAUUAAAUUAUCAACAAUUUCUGAUAUUACAAAAACAUCAGUUGAUUUAAAAAAUAUUAUUGAAUUAAUGUCAUAUAAAACAGAAAUCAAUGUUAAAGGAAAUCUUCAAGGGAAAUUAAUGGAUGGCACAUUAAAUGGUGAUAUUGAUGUUCAUUUACCAAAUGGACAUUAUAUUACAUUUAUUGGAAAACGAAUGAUAAAAAGAAAUCCCACCGAUUCACAAUUAUUUGAUUUAACACAUGUUAAUUUUGAAUUGGCACAUUCUAUCAAAAAAGGUGGACCAACGCGAAAAAUUAUUUAUAAUCAAGAUGGAAAAGAUAUUGAUUUGAAAAAAAUCACAUUCCAAGUGACACAUCAAUUAAAACUUGUUAAUGAUGACAAUAAAGAUAUUCAAAUUAGUGUUGCUGUUGAAAAUAAAAAUGCCGAAAAAUUAGGAGAUCGAGUCGCUAAAAUUGGAGUUAAUUUAAUGGGAUCAGUUAUACCAAAACCAUUUCAAUUAGAUUUAAAUCUUGAAUAUGGUCCAAAUAAUUUAGCAUGGACGGGAAAAUCAUCAUUAGGAACUGAUACAUCAUUUCAGGGAAGUGGAAAAUUCACCAAAGGAAAUAAUGUUGAUAAACCAUCAGUUUAUACCGGUUCUAUUGAAGUUAAAUUACCAAAUGAGAAAUUAAAAAAUUUAAAAUUAGAUUCAUCACAUAGUAUUAUUUUACCAAAAGAUACAGAGAGUCUUAUGGAGUAUAUUCAUUCGACAAAUUUGGUUUAUAAUGAUGAUAAAACUGUGAAAUUAAAUACCGUAUUGAAACAAACAGGCAUUCCUUUAAAUACAAAAAAUAAAAAUUCAGGUUCAGCAAAAAUUGUUUUAACAAUUUUAAAUAAUCCACCAAUUACCAUUGAUGGUGUAUAUAAAGUUGAUCCAACAACAGAUUCGAAAAAAGGUUCAGCAACAUUAAAUGUAAAAUCCGGAGACAAAGAAACAAGUGUCGAUGUAAAUACGGAAUUUUUAUCAGAUAUGACAUUCUUUAAAAAUAAUAUUAAAGUUAAAACUCCAAUUGAAAAAAUGAAAAAUUUGGAUAUUGUUUUUAGUCACAAGAAAGAUAAUGAAGGUCAAAAUCAUAAUACCGAUAUUUCUGUCAAUGCAAAUAAUAAUAAAUAUACAAUGAAAAGUGAAGUGAAAAUAGAUCCCGUUUCGCCAAGUAUGCAUUUAAUUUUCACGUGUCCUGCUGGAAAAACUGAGAUACUAUCUAAAUAUAACAAACUUGGUGAAAGAGAAUUUAAAGGUGAACUUAAAUUUGAUUCACCAAAAGCAGUUGUAACAUCUGAUUAUCAUGUUAAAUUGGAAAGUGUAGAUGAUUUUAUCAUAACUGUAAAUUUCGAUUGCGAUAAAAUGAAACAAAGAAAAAUUCACGCAGAAAUAGCAAAUAAACCCGCUAAAACAGGAAGAAAAAUUAUUGUAACUGUAACAAGCGAUGGAAAAAAUAUAAUCAGUGGAAGCACGGAUUAUAAAAAGCAUGUAGAAGCUGGAAAAGUAAUUGUUGAAGGAAAAGGUAGUUUGAAAAUUGGUGAAAACACAAAAAGUUCAUUAUUCAAAUAUAUACAUCAAGAACUUACAAAAGAAGUUGACAAUGAAAUUGGAAGUGCAAUUUUAUUGAAUGCAAGUUUUGGUCCUUCAGCCGUUGUUGGUGAACUUAAAGUCACAAAUAAAGAAAUUUAUGUUUUUAAUAGUUAUUGCGAACAGAGUAAAGACUGUGCACAUUUCAAAUUACAAUCAUUACUCGAUAGUGACCCGAAAUCACAUAUUAAUCAUCAAUUAACAGUUGAAGUUGAUUUAAAGAAAUUUAACGUACCUGCUGAAUUUGGAUUAAAAACAAGUACCAAAUAUUUGAUAGAUAAUAUUUCAUAUGAUCAUACGUCGAGUUUGUAUUUACAUUCUUCUAAAGAUAAAACUGAAUACACUACUCAUUUAUAUGCCAAUUCAAAAGAAGCAGGUGCAAUUCUCACACUACCAAAUCGUGAAUUAGCCGUGAUAUCAUCAUACGAAAUACCAAAAACUAAAUAUACUGGAGCUUAUAAAAUGGAUGCUGCAUUUUAUUUAGAUAGAAAAAAUAAACCAACAGAUAAAACUGGAUUAUCAGUUAGUGGACAUUUUAAUGCUGAAAAAAAUUCUGCAUCACUUAGCGGUGACGCUAAAUUUACAUAUCCAUCACAACCAAAAGACAUGACAGUUAAAGGAAGAAUUCACUAUGGAGGUGAUAAUUUAGUUGACGCUAAUUUGGAUAUUGAUCUUUUUGCUAAAAAAUCACAAAAAAUUAAUGUUAUCGCUAAAAUGACACGUGUUCCAAUUCCUCAUGGUUUUAAUUAUACAAAGUACAUGGAAAUUAAUAGCCAAGGACAAAAAUUGAAAAUUCAAUUAAAAGAACAUUUGGCAAUUUCAACAAUGGCCGUUGGAAUGGGUUCAAUGUUAUUCUAUACAGAUGAACAUCAAAAACCAAAAAGUUUUGGUUUUGAUUUUUCUGCUAAUGAUAAAGAAGUUAAUCUUUUAGUAUCGUCACCAAAUAAAGAAUUGAUUAAUUAUAAUUCAAAAAUGAUGUUUACUGUCAAUGAACAAAAAAUUGAUUCCGAAUUAAGUGUACUGACAAAUAAACCAAUUGUUUUCAAUUUCGAAGGAAAGAAUUGGAAUAGCUUUAAAUUUUCCAACUAUGUAAAAGAUAAACCUAAUACAAAAAUGGUUGGUAAUGGACAAUUUGUUCUUGGUCAAAUUGCUGAAAUUCGUUUAGAUGUCUAUAAAGAAGGUGAAAAGAAGAAUUUAUUCUUUACAUUAGUUCAUUUAGAUGAAAGCAAUUUCCUCAAACCAGAUUUUGGCUACAGUAAAGAAAACAUUGUAGAUACAGUUGAAUAUGUUCGUAAACAUUCUAUUGAAGCUAUAAAACAAAUUAAAAAUAUUAUCGAAGACAUAGGCGAAGAAAUUGUAUCAGAAUUAAAAGAUUUUGUUCAACAUUUGAAAAAAGCACAACCAAAUCUUAAACCAUUGAUAGAUCAUUAUCAAACUGAAUUAGCAAAACUUGUUGAAGAACUUCAUGCAGAUGAAACUGUGAAAGAAAUUCAAGCAACAUUAAAUAAAUUAUUUGGUGGUGUAUUUGAAUCAUUGGCUGAAACAAUGAAACUUUUAACAGAACAAUUAGUGGAAUUACAAAAGAAAUAUAAUGAAAUAAUUGAUAAAUUAACAGAAGCAAUAAAAACAAUUUGGCCACAAUUAAAAGAAUCAAUGCAAAAAGUUUUACAAGUUACUGUUGAAAUUAUUGAUGCUGCAUCAAAUUUAGCAUUAAUUUAUUUCAAAGGAUUAUUAAAUGUCAUUAAUGAACAUCAAAAAGAAAUGAAAGAAUUAAUAACAGUUAUGUCGGAAUUAACAAAAGAUGUUGCUAAAAUUUUAUUUAAAGCCAUGACACAAAUUGAAAAAGAUGUUAAAGAAUUUAUUGGACUUCUUGUACAACAACUUAAAGCACUUCCAAUUUAUGAUAUAAUUAAAGAAAAAUAUCAAAAUAUUGCCGAUUAUCAAAUACCACAAACAAUUUUAGCACCCAUUGAAGAAUUAUGUUUUACUAUUAAAAAUAUUUUACCAACACAAGAGCUUAAGGAUUUAUUUGAUAUUACUUAUAAUUAUAUCAUUAAACACGUUAAGCAUGAAAAGGUUGAUGAUGUUUCGGAAAUUAAAAAUAUUUAUACUCAUACGGUUGUGGCAGUUCAAUCAAUUAUGAAACUUUUGCAACCUCAAGUGACAUUUGAAAAUUUAUUCAACUAUUUUGAAGCAAGAAUUCCUGAUGAUUUUAAUCUUCUACGAAAAUUACCAGGCAUUUCUACUCUUAGAAUUUCUGUUUUGAAUUUAUUGCGUAAUAAUGAAUUACCAUCUCCUAUGGAUUUAUACUAUGCUUACAGACCAACUUUAUUAUGGGAGGAUGUUGUUCCACCUUUCAGUAUGUUUGGAAUGGUUCUUGAUGGAGGACAUGUAUUUACAUAUGAUGGACGUCAUGUUAUUGUAACGGGCACUUGUAAUUAUAUUUUAUCACAGGACGUAUUAAAUAGAAAUUUCUCCGUUGUUGCAAAUUUCAAUAAUGGAAAUUUAGCCAGUGUCACUGUCACAGAGCCUACAGAAAGUAUUACUAUUAAAUCUAAUGGAAAUAUAUUGGUCAAUGACAAAUCAGCUGAAUUUCCAAGUGAAACACAAAAUUUACAAGCCUUUUUAACACCUCCGGUAUUGAAUGUUAAAUCAAAAUAUGGACUUCAUUUGAAAUGUAACACUGGCAGUCCAAUGAUGUGUGUCUUACGAGUAUCUGGAUUUUAUAUUGGAAGAUUACGUGGAUUAUUUGGAGAUGGCAAUAAUGAGCCUUAUGAUGAUUUUACUCUUCCAUCUGGCAAGAUUACAGAAAGUGAAACAGAAUUUGCAAAUGCUUAUAAAAUUGGUACAAAUUGUCCAGCGUCAACAGCAGUUGAUCAUAAGGAAGAGACACCACGAGCACCAAUUUGUACAGAAUACUUUUCUGGUAAUUCACCAAUGAGUGGUUGUUUCAAUUACGUAAAUCCAAAACAUUAUCGAGAAGCUUGCGACUAUUCUGUGAAAGUUGGCUCAAAGAAAGGAGCAUGUAUGGUAGCCAGUGCAUAUUAUGUAGCUUGUUAUUAUUCACGUAUCAAGGUCAACGUUCCAACUGCAUGCAGUAAUUGUAAAGUGGGACAAAAUAGUAUUACAGUCGGUGAUUCAUUUAGUGUAAAAAUUCCAAAGAAAGAAGCUGAUAUUAUUUUUGUUGUUGAACAAGCGGCUGAUAAUGAAAAAGUCUUUAAGGAAUUAGUUACAUCAAUGAUACCAGAAUUAAGAAAUGAACUUAAGCAACAAGGAAUGACUGAUGUUCACAUAGGACUUAUUGGAUUCAGUAAUAAAAUGAAAUGGCCACAGCAUUACACAACCGGUGGUAAUAUUAAUAUUGAUGGAGAUGUUAAGAAUAUUAAAUUUGAAAAACGUGAUCCAAUAAUUACAUUACAGGAAGCGAAAGAGGGUAACAUAGAGAAAAAAAUGACAUAUUUAGAACAACGAUUAGAUGUUGAAUUAGGAACAUUUAGAUUAACUGAUGCUUAUGAAGAAGCUGUUGAUUAUCAAUUUAGACCUGGUGCAGCUAAAGCAAUAAUUGGCGUUUUUGCAUCAUCUUGUGAAAAAAGUCCUCUACCAUUAUCGCUUCAACAACUUAGACUUUUGCUGGGUCAUAAAACAUAUCGUGAUAUGGGUCUUACUUAUCAUCAUAUAUUUUUAACAGGAAAUAUUGAAGUUUCCGGAAAACCACAAAAGAAUAUUGUUGGUUUUGAUUAUAAUAAUGCUUACAUCUUUACUGACAGUAAGAAAAAACCAUUGGAAGGCAGUAAUGAGCUGAAGAAUAAUUUACAUGUUUCUGAUAAUGAUGUUUGUGCCAAUUUUGCCGUGAAUUCUGGAGGUGCAAGUUUUAGUGCUCAAAAUUAUUUGGAAUCAAAACCAAGUCAAAAGAAACAAUUUGUUCAAGUUGCUGCACGUAGAGUAGCACAAGGACUUGCUGGUCUUGAAUUAGAAGAGGAUUGCACUUGUAAAACACAAUUUGGUGUAUAUAGUCGUGCCGUUUGUAAAAUUGUAAAUCGCACAGAAAGUGGAAUUUUGUCGAAAUCCAAAAGAGCUGCAGCUAAGGCUGGAUAGAAGAUAAUUAUUAAUUACAACUUACACAUUAAGUUAUAUAUUAUAAUUAUUCAAUGUAUUUGAUAACAUUAAAAUAUUUUUAAAAAGCAUAAA